UGAGCCCCAGCUACGUGGGAUGGCCAGCGGGGGGACGGCCUUCCUCAUUUUAUAAGGUGUUGUUUAUUCCGCGGCUGCUAAGCAAACGCUCUCAAUCCUUUUUACUUCCGUGAGACGGACAUUUCUGAGGCUGUUUCCAAACAGGACACUAGGGGGCUCCCAGGGGUUAAAAAUCCGUGGGAAAUUAUUUGAAUGAAAACUGCUUCUGUACGGCAUUUGUUUUUUCAGAAUUUCAAAUUAAAGUUUAUUUUUUAAACUAUAAAAAGAAAUCUCACCCAUCUUAAAACUGAGUUAUCCACAGCCAGCUUCCAAGUAACCGUUUUGAUUUGCAAUCAGUAGUUUUCAAGGGAGCUUUUAAAGCUGAGCUGAAAUAUUUGAAAUGUGGAACACUCUUGACCAUGAAAUAUGUUCUACUCACAUGCCUCAGCCUUUAAAAGUUCUUUGCAUUAGAGUCAGGGAUUACAUUCUUCCUGGAGCCAAGCGUGGGGCCAGCUGUAAACAAGCCACACUUCUCCUUGGGGAGGCUGAUAGGAGUUUAAAUGGUUUGUGGUGGCGAGUGUCAGAAACUUUCCCAACUCCAUCACCAACCAUUUGCUUCCACCUCUACCCACUGGAGAGCGCUUAGACACCUAAGCGGAGGCGACAGCUGAAUUCAGGAAGUCAUGCAUCAUGCCAGCAGGAGCCCACUGCAGACUUUAAACUCCAUUCAACAUGUGGAUGCGGCAGAGAAAUGACCUGUCCAGACAAGCCAGGGCAACUCAUAAACUGGUUCAUUUGCUCCCUGUGCGUCCCGCGGGUGUGUAAACUCUGGAGCAGCCGGCGCCCAAGGACCCGGAGGAACCUCCUGCUGGGCACUGCCUGUGCCAUCUACCUGGGCUUCCUGGUGAGCCAGGUGGGGCGCGCCUCUCUGCAGCACAGAUCGACAGCGGAAAAGGGGCCGCAGCAGAGCCGCGACACCGCCGAGGCACCCUUCCCUGAGAUACCCUUGGACGGUACUCUGGCCCCUCCCGAGUCCCAGGGCAACGGAACCACUCUGCAGCCCAAUGUGGUGUACAUUACCCUACGUUCCAAGCGCAGCAAGCCCGCCAAUAUCCGUGGCACAGUGAAACCCAAGCGCAGGAAGAAGUAUGCAGUGGCAUCUCUGGCCCCUGGACGUGAGGCUUUGGUCGGACCAUCCCUUCAGCCGCAGGAAGCUGCAAGGGCUGCUGAUGCUGAAGUGCCUGGGUACGUCCAGGGAGGAAACCUAGCCAAGGUUGGGGAAAGACCCUGGAGGUUGAUACGGGGUCCUGGAGCACGGGAUGGGGGCUCAGAUUUCCAGCAGCCCAAGGCCAGGGAGAGCAACAUCAGGAUCUACAGCGAGAGCGCCCCCUCGUGGCUGAGCAAAGAAGACAUCCGCAGAAUGCGUCUGUUGGCCGAUGGCGCAGUGACAGGCCUCCAGCCAGUGCCCUCCAAGAGCCUAGCGCGCUUGCUGGUGCUGGAGGGGACCGCUGUUGGCUCUGUGCCUGGCUGUGGCCCUAGCCCCUGUGGGCUGCUCAAGCAGCCUUUGGACAUGAGUGAGGUGUUUGCCUUCCACCUGGACAGGAUCCUGGGGCUCAACAGGACCCUGCCUUCUGUGAGCAGGAAAUCGGAGUUCAUCCAAGAUGGCCGCCCACGUCCUGUCAUUCUCUGGGACUCAUCUUUAUCUCCAACAAGUAAUGAGACCCACUCUUCUGUGAAGCUCACCUGGGGAACUUAUCAGCAGUUGCUGAAACAGAAGUGCUGGCAGAAUGGCCGAGUACCCAAACCUGAAUGGGGUUGUACUGAAGUACAUCACCAUGAGUGGUCCAAGAUGGCAUUGUUUGAUUUUUUGUUACAGAUUUAUAAUCGCUUAGAUUCAAAUUGCUGUGGAUUCAGACCUCGAAAGGAAGAUGCCUGUGUACAGAAUGGACUGAGGCCAAAAUGUGACAACCAAGAUGCUGUGGCUCUAGCACACAUUAUCCAGCGAAAGCAUGACCCAAGGCAUUUGGUCUUCAUAGACAACAAGGGUUUCUUUGACAGAAGCGAAGAUAACUUAAACUUCAAAUUGUUAGAAGGCAUCAAAGAGUUUCCCGAAUCUGCAGUUUCUGUUUUGAAGAGCCAGCACUUACGGCAGAAACUCCUUCAGUCUCUGUUUCUUGAUAAAGUUUAUUGGGAAAGUCAAGGAGGUAGACAAGGAAUUGAAAAGCUUAUCGAUGUGAUAGAACAGAGAGCCAAAAUCCUUCUCACCUACAUCAACGCACAUGGGGCCAAAGUAUUACCUAUGGAUGAAUAACAAAAGGAUCUUCUGGCUAGAGUACUAGAUAUAUUUAUGCAUUUUUGUUUUUGUUUUUAAAUCAUGUACGCAAACCUCAAGCCCUUUUAGGAAUGAGGCAAUGUAGAUGAAAUACAUAAAAUAAAUGAAUUUAACCAAAUAUGUAUGAUAAGCCUGAGCAUUAUAGGCAGACUUAAAAUGCUUUUGAAAAACAUACUGCUCAAAAAUUUUUUUGUUUAUAUUUGUCUCUAACAUCAUGUCACAUGUCAUGUGAGUCUCAACAUCUGAUUACAGAACAGUUGCAGUUAUUACACCAGCUAGCUUUGUUAAAAUAUUUGUCAUGUCGUGUAAUAGAACAGUGUAAACCAGAGCUACUGAUUCCUUUAAUAAACCAUAUUUUAUGCCAUUUUGA